CCCGCCCCCUUGAACCGGAACCUUUCCCAGCUCACGGCGACAGCGCUGCUUGUUUGUUGCAGCGGAUGUAGCCCACUGUAGAGACAACAAACGCUACGCUCCUAGUCCGGAGAAACGCCUCGUUCGAAGAGCCGAAGUGCGGGGAUUAUGAGUACAUCUGGAUGCCCCUCUGGAGGAAGACGACAGUCCUGAAGCUGUCGCCUGGUUUAUAUGGUGUGGACUGCGGUCAACAAGGAGAUUUGGCAAAGGGAGGGGUGCGCUGCUUAUUCUGCCGUACCACUACUUGCCUGCCCACCUCUUUACUUUCCUAAAUGGCUCCCAUGUAUAAUGUCUAUCGUUUGACCCCGUGGAAUGACGUGUAACGGUCAGUUUCUUGCAUAUAAUUAGUUUGAUUCUGACUUGCUUCCUUUGGGCAAUCGCGUUAACGCCCCGGUUGGUCUUUUCAGUUUCUGUCGUGGUUGUAGUUGGCAGGAGGCGGACCUGAAUAAAGUAUCCGUGUGGUGCAUAUUGACUUGGAAGACCCACAGCUGAACGCUACACCAUGGGGAAUACUACCUCCUGUUGUGUUUCAUCGAGCCCCAAACACCGGAGAAAUAACCACUCGCGGCUGGAACCCUACCGGCCAGAGGCGGAGCUCAGCAGGGAGGAUACCGCCUGCAACCUGCAGCACAUCAGUGAUAGAGAUUAUAUCGACGACCUUCCUAUGGAGUACAACCCCUCGGACCACCCACGUGCCAGCACCAUCUUCCUGAGCAAGUCGCAGACGGAUGUACGAGAAAAACGGAAGAGCCUUUACAUCAAUCACUUCACGCACAUUUCGGAAAAUAAGCAAAAUUCGGGCCCCAUGAGACGGAAGUACAGCUCCUGUUCCACCAUAUUCCUCGAUGACAGCACCAUCAGCCAGCCCAACCUCAAGUACACCAUCAAAUGUGUAUCCCUCGCAAUAUUCUACCACAUAAAAAACAGAGAACUGGAAUCCAGAAUGGUGCAGGAUAUCUUCGACGAGAAGCUCCAUCCGCUGUCGAAGACUGAGGUGCCGCAGGACUACGAGAAGCACAACCCCGAGCAGAAGCAGAUCUACCGCUUCGUCAGGACGCUGUUCAGCGCCGCGCAGCUCACCGCAGAGUGCGCCAUCGUUACACUGGUAUAUCUGGAGAGGCUGCUGACAUACGCGGAGAUCGACAUCUGCCCCGCCAACUGGAAGCGUAUCGUCCUGGGAGCCAUCCUGCUGGCGUCCAAGGUCUGGGACGACCAGGCGGUCUGGAACGUGGACUACUGCCAGAUCCUCAAGGACAUCACCGUGGAGGACAUGAACGAGCUGGAGCGGCAGUUCCUGGAGCUGCUGCAGUUCAACAUCAACGUGCCGUCCAGCGUCUACGCCAAGUACUACUUUGACCUGCGCUCCAUGGCCGAGGCCAACAACCUCAGCUUCCCCCUGGAGCCGCUCAGCAGGGACAAGGCCCAGAAGCUGGAGGCCAUCGCGAGGCUCUGCGACGACAUGUACAAGGACAUCAGGAAGAACGCCAAGAAGCGCUCGGUGAGCGCCGACAACCUGACAGUGGUGCGGUGGGCCCCCGCCAUCCUCUCCUAACGCCGGCCGGCGAGACGUCACGGCGGCGGGAAGAUCGGAGGGCCGGGGGGGGGGGGGGGGGGGGAUCAGGAAGAAGCAGAGGGGGGAGCAGACUGCCCAGUCGGGACCCCCUUAAGUAGCAAUACGAUGCGUAGAAGGAGGGAUGGGGGAGGGGGGCUGAAAGGACGGUGACCGCAAACUGCUUGUGGAUCAGAGGUUUGCAGUCGGUCUCUCCGAGAUAAAGAAACACACAGACACGCACACGCUCAAACACGACCCGCACGUGGCACUUUGCGUGCUGCUGCUAUGGUCCCACCAGUAGCUGUACAUACAAGGAGAGCCCACGGGUUGUCCGCAGUGGACCAACCAACUGAACUGGACUAAACUGGACAGUGGUGACGUGAGCCGGUGAGUUGACCAGAGAGCAGGAAAAGUAACAACAAAAAAAAAAAAAUUGUGUGUUGAGUGAAAACGGCGACGGCUUACAGAAACCCGAUCUGCGAGACGCAGAGUUUGACCGUCUGCAGAGUCUCAUACAUUCCCUUGAAAUCUUGACUGAAGCAUACGGUUCUCAAGGAUGGGACGAUGCCUAUUAUGAGUUUCUUUGUUUUUUUUUCCUUUUUGAUUCCCUUCGUUGUUACUGGUAGUGUCCAUUCCCGUCUGCGACCUGCUGGUCAAAGCUGAUGUCGACGCGGACGCCAAACAGAAGUGCCAUUUCCAAGUCGUAGAGUAGACCCCUUCCUGCGAUCCACACCGUUACGUUCAGACUAAUCUCCUCAUCCCAUUAAGGCGCAUGCGCUCAGCGCUGUUACAUUCACAGUCGUUGACACCCAAAGCACUACAACGCAGCGACGCUUCUGCAACAUGAGCAAAGUGCAGUGGGUAGAGGCAGGGUCUUGAGCGAGUUCAGCCGGUGACCCCCGAUGGGGAGGGGUCAAGAGGAGUUUGUGGGCACACAGCCAAGUCAGGCCAGAACCAGUUAGAAAGCAGUGUCCCCGUUUUGUGAGUUUAGUGCAUGGACAGAAUUGUGUGUGUGAGGCACAGCUUAUGAAAUGGAAAAAAUGUCAUGGAAAUUACUUCCAAGAUCUGUGUUCUGUCACUGAGGCUCAGCGUUUAAGAUUGCCUUGUUCUUCAUCCACUGCCAUUGUCCAGCCUUUGGUGCCUGUAAUUAGUUAGCUAGCUUAGCACGUUGUUAACGUUUAUUAUUUUGUUAUUACAAUUCCAUUUAGAAACAACCAACAUUAUAUAUAAAAUUUUAUUUCAGCCCAAUUCUUUACUCUUGGAUGAUCUAUUAUUUUAAAGACUAAGCACAAAUAAAUCCUGAAAUUAAGAACGCAUAGCCACUAAAUAUAAUUUAAACUUUUUAUUACAAUGUUUUUUUUGUAUGGAUAAAACCUGAGUGAAUGACAGCAUUACUGUACAUUUGAUUGAGCACUGCUUACAACAGAAAAAGCAUUGAUUGUAUAGAUUUACCAUUUGUCUCUGUACAGUGUAGUUACAAUACCAAUGUGCAAUCUACAGACUAUGGUUUUACUGUAAAAAGAAAAAAAAAACCUGUAUGGAUCCAACAUGUACUGUAAUUGUGAAUGAAAGGUAUGUUUGACUUCAUGUGACAAAUCCAGAGAAGCAAAGUGCUCAAAAGAAAAUAUGAUAUAGAUAGGAGACGCCACUAAAAGAGUUUAUUUUGUCCUAAUGUUUUUCUCUUGUUACAUCAAACUUUUGCACUGCAAAAUAUCAGGUUUUAAAAACGAAAGCAAAUAUAAACUUACAUAGGUUUUAUUAGUAAUAUAUAUUGUAUGUUGACAUUUCAAGCUUGUUUUAAGAUAAAUGUUUUCUUCCAAUUGAGCGUGAGACAGGUUUCAAGAAAACUUGUGUUUGAAAAAUAACAGUUUGAAACUUGUACUUGGUAUGCUAAGGUGAUUCAUUUGAAAAAAUCUUUUCUUAACAAGCUAGUUUUGUGAAAUAUAUUAUUUUGUCUUCAAAUUUCUGGUAAAAAGCGAUAUAUAUACCUUGACACAUACGAUGUAAUGGCAUUACAGGUUUUCAAAACCAACCAAUAAGUUGGAGUAAUCACAAUACAAAAUUAAUAGAAUCUCCUUUGAAUAGUACAACAUUUAAAGUCUCUCAUUGUUAAUAAGGCUACUUCUCUACAGUUCUUCCUUGAGGUGAACCAAAUGUUUCAAUCCCAUAUUUUUUUCUUGAUAAUAGUGUUAGAGGGGCCAUUUGAUGUUCAUGUUGUAUCAUUGUUGGUCAACGAUCUUCAAUUUAUGCUAAAUAGUACUUAAAAAAUGUGUAUUUGCAAAAAAAUUGUUAUUCAGUGGGACAAAUUCUGGUAAAAGAGAUGUGACUUAUCUCGUUUUCAUGCUAACUCUAGAGCAGCCAAUGAUAAGAAUGUGUUUUCUGACAGGGGACUCCUGUUCCUGAUUCAGCCAAGUAAUGGCAAUAUAAUAUCAAAGCAACGCAAUUCUUGCAGAGGUUACGCCUGAGAUGCUUUUUUAUUAAUUUACGACAGCUCAGCUGUUUAUUGGUAGUUGAUGAAUCAAAAAAUAAUUAUUUUUAAAUAAAAUCCUACCCUCAGCAGCUUAAACAUACAAUGCUUCCCCACUUGAGCAUAUUCAAUUUGGUCUAUGAUGAACAUGGGUAUGUAAGAAGAGGUGUACCAAAGUAUCACGUAACGAAGGACUGGGUUAAAUCCAGCCCUCUUGCACAUGAAGUAUUUGAAAAACAUAAAUGGUGUAAACAACUUGAGAAGGAAAGCUAGUCUCCUGCAUGGCGCAUCAAGUGAGUGCAAAUUAAGGAACAAAAGUGCAAAAGGAUGUGUCUCAUGAAAAGCCACAGUCAGUUGUGAUUCAAAUUGUGUUAAAAGCUGGUGACAGAUUGUGUAUCUUAUUUAUUGUAUGUGUGUGCAUACAGGUCUGUUCUGUGGUCUUUGGUUUUUGUUCUUUUGUACACCCAGUGGAGAACUUUGAGUCCCAAGUUAUAGACCAUGGGGAACUCUUUGUUUCAAACUAACGGACAAUGCCACGGCAAACUGAAGCUGAAGAGUUAGCCCAACAGCAGAGACUCUCGGGUCAUGUGGGCACGGAGUGUGUGUGUAUCAUAGCCUUGUGCCCUGAACUCUACCUCCGCACACAAUUUUAAUGGUUUCGUUCAAAUGUUUCCUGUUUCACUUCCUCCCCUCGCCCCCCCAAGUGAUUUUUCCUUUGUAAAUUGUUGAAAGUUCAGUUGGAUUUGCGCCAUUUUUUUCUGUGCUAACAAAACGACUGCUGUAACCAUGGUCUCUUUUACCGUUAUACUUUCCUUCGAGUGAGGAUUUGUCUUGUAUUCUGUCAUUAUUGUUGCCAUUGUAAUCAAAUUUGCCUUGUUUCUCCAUGUAGCUCCCACCCCCCGUCCUCCACAUCUCUUAGCCUCUUUCUCCCUCUUCCCAUCUAAUUUAUAAUUCAAACAACAGUUUUAACAAAUUUUCCCCUGUAUCUUCCUUUUUCUGGUGCAAUGUUUAGAAUACACCUUCGCACAAAUUAAACUCCUAAAACCUUGCAAUACAA